CCUCUAAAUCCGUGAACGGCGACCCCUUCACCCGCGCUAAGGAAAUAAGAUAUCGUUGUGAUCUUCAGCUGUGUCGGACGUGAAUGAAUUUGUUUCCGGAGCUUGCGAAGUCGAUCAGCUCCCCGCCAGUGUCUCGUCGCCAUGGCUACCUGCGUCGCUGCUGCUGUCUCUUCGUCUCUCACAGCUCUCACCUCUGAGAGGGCUACCACAGGGAUCACCGCCAGCGUACAAUCAUCAGCAUUCGUGGGAAUUAAAGUCUCUGUUUGCAAGGAUGCCUCCGCACUUCUCAAAGCAGUCAAUGCGGGUACUUCAAGGCAGCCCCUAGUAGAACCUGUCCGGGCUCAGAGUGUUGCAGCUCCGGCUAGUACGAAUGCAUCCACAUCAUCCAAGAAAACCGACACCAAGUCAACUGUUAUCAUCACCGGGGCCUCAUCAGGUCUCGGCCUUGCUACCGCGAAGGUACUUGCCGACUCCGGCGAAUGGCACGUCAUAAUGGCUUGCAGAGAUUUCUUGAAGGCCGAGCGUGCUGCGAAGUCUGUGGGCAUGCCUAAGGAAAACUAUACCGUGAUGCACUGUGAUCUGUCCUCACUGAACAGUGUUAAGCAAUUUGUUGACAACUUCCGCCGAUCGGGUCGUCCUUUGGAUGUACUUGUAUGCAAUGCUGCUGUGUACUUGCCCACUGCUAAGGAGCCCAGAUACACUGCUGACGGCUUUGAGCUGAGCGUGGGCACAAACCAUCUAGGCCACUUCCUUUUGGCCAACCUGCUCAUGGAGGAUAUCCAGCACAAAGAAAAUAACAACAGUAGACGGGUGAUCAUUGUUGGUUCGAUUACAGGAAACACAAACACUGUAGCAGGAAAUGUACCGCCAAAGGCCAAUCUUGGUGAUCUCCGAGGGCUUGCUGGAGGCCUUGAUGGAGUACGAUCCUCUGUAAUGAUUGACGGGGGAGAGUUUGAUGGUGCCAAAGCCUACAAAGACAGCAAGGUGUGCAAUAUGUUGACCAUGCAGGAGAUGCACCGCCGGUUUCACGAGAAAACUGGUGUCACCUUCGCAUCACUGUAUCCUGGAUGUAUCGCUACAACAGGGCUCUUCCGCGAGCAUUAUUCACUAUUCCGAACCCUCUUCCCUCCCUUCCAGAAGUACAUCACGAAGGGAUAUGUUUCAGAGGAAGAGUCUGGCAGGAGACUGGCGCAGGUCGUCAGUGAUCCCUCAAUGAACAAGUCGGGUGUAUACUGGAGCUGGAACAAUCAGUCGGGCUCGUUCGAGAAUGAACUAUCUCAGGAAGCUAGCGACGCAGAGAAAGCUAAGAAGUUGUGGGAAGUUAGUGAGAAGCUUGUCGGCUUGGCCUAAGUUCAGACCCUCGCAUUUGCUAAAAUUGGGCUGUGGCUUAGGUUGUAGAGAUAGCGCUAUAGAGAAUCUCACCCAUGCACAACGGAGUGGGCCAAGUCCAACUAUUUCGAGUUCGGAAUUGUUACACCGUCGUGCAUCACGAAUAUUCAUAUUCUUUCUGAAGAAGGAAAGUAGAAUUUGAUCCGGUAACAACAGCGUGUACCUGAAGGAAUGCUGCUUCACCUGGUCUUGACUACCACGGAAGAAACAAGGCGCUUGAUAAUUCGUUACAAGAUGCUGUAUGUGACGGUUUUGCAAGAAGGCGUAGGUUAGUGUAGGAAAUCAGGUUCAACUGUGAAGCACAUGGAAAUUAGGCAUCUAUCAUUACUUAUCUCCAUUCCUGCAUGACUUUUGAUGUGUGAGGAUAACUGGAUUGCAUUUCCUACUGCAUAGGGGUAUAUGUAUAUAUAUAUAUAUAUAUAUCUGUGCAUUGAACUAAAAAAAACCUUUUUGUGUCUCCA